UUGGGUGAAGAAGACUAGCUUGCUGACCAGCUCCUCCUCAGCAUGUCCUUUGUGGAGAUGGAUGCAUGCUGAGGGAGCAUCUUUCCUUUGAGAGACAUGGAGACUGUCUUCUACCUGAUUUUUCCUGUGUACUUGUUCAUACACAUGAUUUUAAUAUGUGUCUGUCUGUGUAAACAAGGAGACUAAAAAGGGCCAAGGAAGGCGCCCCUUCUUCCUCCCCCGAAACGGCAGACUCGCACCCAGGACCCGGCUGAGGCUGAGCUGCUUCUUCGGAAGCGAGGCUCCGGACCCUGGACCCUGGACCCUCUGCCCUCCGCUCCGCUCCGUCUCCGCCGGACACUGGACCUCGUCCUUCCGGUCCUUCCCUCCGGCCAGAGUCCCUGGGCCUGGUUCCCGGCGGAGAAGGUGAGUCCCCAAGGCCCAGAGAGAGCUCCCUCCCAGCCCUCGGCCUUCUCUGCCAGGCCCACCCUCCCUGCCUCCUCCCUCUCUAUAGUUCUCCGGGGGUCAAGGGGGGGUCUUCCGUCCCCAAUCUCCCUCCCUCCUUCCUUUCUUCCUCGGAUGGCGACCCCCGAGGCGGCGAGGACGAGGAGGCACGGCCCUCUCCUGCGGGUGGCGGUGGUCGGGGCCGGGGCCGCGGGUCUCUGCGCCCUUCGGCACUUGCUGGCCUCCGCCCCCGGGACCUUCGCGCCCCCGACCCUCUUCGAGGCCGGCGCCGGGGUCGGGGGCACCUGGCUCUACCAAGAGGAAGAGGAGGAGGAAGGGGAGAGGGAGAGGAAGGCCCCACGCUCCAGCAUGUACCGGGACCUCAGGACCAACCUUCCCAAAGAGGUGAUGGCCUUCCCGGACGCCCCCUUCGAGCCCCAGCUGCCCUCCUUCCUGCACCACUCGGCCGUCCUGGGCUACCUGCGGGGCUACGCAGAGACCUUCGGCCUCCUGGGCCACAUCCGGUUCCAGUGGCGAGUGGACGACAUCCAGCCCACUGCAGCAGUGGCUGGAGAAGGCAGUGGCCCCGGAGGCGGCUGGGAGGUCACGGCCUCAUGGCAGGGUCCGGGAUCCGAGCAGAAGACCCUCACGGAGCAGUUUGAUGCCAUCAUGGUCUGCACAGGCCAUUACUCCGUCCCAUUCGUGCCCCCCAUCGCUGGACUGGACAGCUUCCAAGGGCGCCUCCUCCACAGCCACUCCUUCCGCCGGCCAGAGCCCUUCGCUGGCCUCUCCGUGGUUCUGGUGGGCGGCGGGGCCUCGGGGGUGGACCUGGCUCUGCUGCUGUCUGCCGUGGCCGCCCGCGUGGUGCUGAGCCACAGGGGGCCCCUCGUGCGUGGGCUUCCUUCGAGCGUGGCGCAGGUGCCUUCUGUCUCCAGAGUGGACGGCGGGACAGUGGCCUUCGAGGACGGUUCGGACGUGUGGGCUGACGUCCUGAUCCUCUGCACCGGCUACCGGCCCCACUUCCCCUUCUUGCCCCUGGACCGGCUGGGACUGCAGGACACUGACCAUGGGCCGUCCCCCUUGUACCGGCAUCUGCUGCCCCCGCGCCACCCAUCCCUCUUCCUGAUCGGCCUCUGCCAGCAGAUCUGCCCCUUCCCGCAUUUCCACUGCCAGGUGCUCUUUGCCCUGGCCGUUCUGACUGGCCGCUGCCCGCUCCCCUCCGCAGCUGAGAUGGAGGCCAACGCCUGGGCCGAGCUGGACCGGCACCUGAAGGCCGGAGGGCAGCCCAGGCACUUCCUCCGGCUCAAUGACCGGCAGUGGAGCUAUGCGGAGGAUCUGGCCCGCCAGGCAGGCUUCCCCCCACUGCCACCCAUCACCCGGGAGAUCUGGGAGGCCGCGCGGGAGAACCGAGCGCGUGACGUGGGUGCUUACCGGAAUGGGAACUACCACUUGCUGGGCCCCGAUGCCUGGGAGCUGGUGUGGGACGCCUCCGGCCAGGACAGAGCAGACAAGUGAGGGGGCAGCUCUUACUCCAGGCCCCAGGAGUGGGCUUCUUCCUCUGGCUGCCCCUAGAAUCAUAGAAUCGUAGAGUUGGAAGAGACCACAAGGGCCAUCCAGUCCAACCCCAUUCUGCCAUGCAGGAAAUCCCCUGGACGGCUUCCCUCUGAGGCACAGAAAUAGCAAAAGCAUCGCAGUACGCAGCCAUGUUAACUUCAGCUCUGAAGCACAAGCCUCAGUAGAGCCAGAAAGCUUUGCUCAGAAACUGAGUUGUUUGCAGCAUAACAGCGUUGUCAGGACUGGAGCAUUUUCAGUUACACAGUAUAUUAAAAGCAGCAAUUCAAACCUUUUUGUGGGAUUCCAUCCCAUUCAUCGUCAGCAAAUGAGCAUCUACCCACAAAUUGUUUCCACCGCACAAAUAUUGCAGUUGGCCCUCGUAGGUUCUAGAGUCCAGGAUCCCAGCACCUCAAAAUGUUGAUCCCCAUCAAUCAAGGCCGGCGGCCGCGAGGGACCCACCCUUUGAGGCCACUGCUUGGUUUCCACCGUUAGUUUGAGCCGACUGAAAUGGGACCCAGGAGGAAGACAUCUGUGGGUUUAGGCAAAACCAGUCCUGCAGUUACUUCCUUCACAAGUCUUUUGUUGUUUUGAAAAAGUUUAUUAAAUUAAAACAAUACAAUCAUAAAAACCACAGCAAACAUAACAAACGUAAUGGGGGGAAUGACCCACCAAACCUUCUGUCUACAUGCAACCACACAAAGUACUAUUGCCUUAUUUCAAAUGGCGACGAUGACCUUCCUCCCCCUUUCUUCUCACAGAUCCAUCAACUUUGUACCUAUCCUUAUUCCUUCUCUUGACAUCUUCCUCUUUCUUCCUAUCACCAUAUUACUUUAUAUUUCUCCUAUACAUCUUUAAUCUUCUCUUCCACUUCUUAUCUGACCUUUAAUCACUUACAUUUACUCUCUGCAUUCAUACCUAACUUCUUUUCCCUCAUCUGCCAAUUGGAUCACUUUCUAUUACUAUUGUCUAGUGUCAGUUUCACACGAUUCAAAUUUUGAAGCUUGCUCUUAUAUAUUAAUAAAUGAUUUAUCUUUUUA